AUGGUCGUCAUCGGACUCGCAACCACCGGCCUUGUCGGCGCCAUCCACAGCUACAUCCUCGUAUUGGAGAUGUUUCUCUGGCGCACCCCUCGCGGACGCAAGUCCUUCGGGCUCACGGCCGAGUUUGCUGAGCAGACCAAGACUAUGGCUGCUAACCAGGGCCUCUACAACGGCUUUCUCUCUGCUGGCCUGUUCUGGUCGCUUCUUCAUCCGAAUCCCGUGUUUGCGAAGGAGCUUCAGGUGUUUUUCAACGGAUGCGUUUUGGUAGCUGGUCUUUAUGGAGGAGCGACGGCGUCAAAGAAGAUUCUUUAUGUUCAAGCUCUGCCUGCUGCUAUUUCUCUGGGCUUCAUCCUUUCGGGUGUCUAG